UAAUAACAAAUAGCAAUCUCUGACGUGAUUAGCUGUGCUGAAUUAUGAAGAAGAUAUUGCCAUGUACACUAUUAAAGUAGCAAAUGAUCCAAGAACAUGCAAUCGUAUUGUUAUCUACCGACCCUCGAAGAAUAUCAUAUCACAGAAUGAGUUGAUAUCAUUGUGGGAGCAAAAAUGUGGUCAGAAUUUUCGCAAGGAUUUUGUUACUGAGGAAGAGAUUGUCAAACAAUCCGAGACCUUACCCCAUCCAGAGAAUAUUCCAGUAUCCAUUCUGCAUAGUGUAUUUGUUAGAGGAGACCUGAUGGCCUUCGAAAUAGGGGAAGAAGACCUUGAAGCUUCAGAGCUAUAUCCUGAUUAUAACUACACAUCCAUUCACCAACUUCUUGAUAUAUUUUUAGUUAAUCCACCAGCUCCUGCAUCUGCUGCUUUUCAGUGAACAUAUUUUACCACUACUUCUUCUAAUAAAUAAACUACCUCAUCAUAUCAUAAUACCUUUGGAUAAUUUGAAAAGGCAUCUACAUUAGUUAAUAUUUGCAUUAUAAAUAUAUUGUAAUUUUAAAGUUUUUUAAAAACAAGAAGUCCCUCGUUCCCUAA